AUGCGAAGCCCAGCACGAGUGAGAAGGACUGUUCAUGUCGCUCAUCCUCCGUGCGUGGAGGUUCAUACGGCAGCUCCGUUGGCAAGUGCGAUCGCCACUCCUCUGCCCAGACCAGGAAUGCUUCCUCGCACCGAUUCUGAAAAGACGCCUUUCACUGCAGAAUUUCCAGGACAGGUCAACCCUUCUAACAUUGCCAAGCGAAGGGGCGGUCGAUUCGUUGUGAGCGCCAAUAUGCUCGACGGUCUUCAAAGCGAGACAGGGGUCGGACUUGGUAAGACACAGUGGCUACCCUCGACUGAUCGAGGUCACUCGAUGGCAAAUGCGCCUGCAACACGCCUUCCCUACAUUGCUUACCAGUCGUCGAUGCCAGGAACUCAUGGCCUGCCGUCGCUGAGGUCUCCGAUACCACGUGCCGAUUCUCCUCCAUUGACGCCCCUUACAGAAGAGCCAGCUUUGCCUGAGCAGUUCACGCUACCUUACCUCCCAUCUCAGCAGCCACUGAGUCCUACUGAGUUCGAGUAUAGCCCAGACUACUAUGUCCAAGCCUAUGAUGAGCGUAAGAGAAAUGAGCGCGAAAAAGCGCUAGCUGCCUUGGAAGGUAAGCCAACGAUCAAUGCUGACGAAGAAGAAGAUGAAACAGAUCUGCCGAGCCGAGUAGACCCUUCUCCUAUGCCACAGCAAAUUUGUGAGCCACCGACACCUCCAGCAUCAGUGCCGACUUCAUCGUCACCGACACCUUCAAGAUCCGAGCCGACUUCACCGCCGCUUCGACAACCUCCAGAAGCAUUGUCACGCCACACUCGGUUCACGCGCCAAUUCGACAAUUGCGACUUCGACCACAACCAUCCCGAAGUCGCAGGUUCCGUGCGGUCCUUCUCAAUCUACUCCACGGACAUCGAGGGUCAACGCAUCUCCCAGCUACCAGCUCAGCCCUAUCGACCUCUACCGCCGCCUCCUCCACCACCUGCGCACCACAGCAUUGCUCGAAAACCACUCCCGAGACAUGCCGCACCGACAUUCAUUCGUCAAUCCUCGCCCCCAAAACGCGACACCAGAAACGAGGGGCACCAGGAAAGACCUGGUGCGUUCCACACAGAGCCUCGGCCAUCAUCGUCUUCUCCGCCCAUGACCCCGACUUUCACACAGCCCCGUCCUGCGCCUACACCUGCCCCUCGUGUCAUUUCGCCAAACACGGCGCAACACCGUCUUGCGACUCUUCAUGCACUGGAAGCAAACACCCCUACUCCUGCCACUGCCCCUCGUCCCGUGUCUCCGCCCAGGACUUUCGAGCAGAUUACCAUGCAGCGUCCAGAGCCUUCGAGACGCCACGCGUUUCAUCCAUUGCGUGAAGUGUUUUCGCGAUGGCAAGCUGGUAAGAAGCAGCUAUCUGGAGCGCAGGAUAGGCGGUAG